AUGAGUGAGAUGUUAAUGUUAACAAGUUCAGAUUCAAUUGAAAUCAAUAGAUAUGAAGAAGGUAUAAGAAAUAGUGGUAGAUCAUUUAAUUGGGUAUUGGUUAGAGAUACACUAAGAUUCUUAAGAAAGAGUAAAAUACGUAAAUCAAAUCUUGUUUCAAAGUAUGGUUUAAAAUUAGUUACGCAAUAUUUCAAUAAAUUAGAAGAUCAAGAAGGUUAUGAUACAAUUGAACAAGUGAUUGUAGCUUGUUUAGAUUGUGGUGAUCAUACAAAUCCAAAGAAACUUUUCGAACAAUUAAAAUCAAAAUUUGGUAAAGAUAGUGUACGUGUCCAAAGAAUUCAUGCAUUAUGUCUAGAAUCAAAUAAUCAGUUAGCUGAAGCUUUACAAAUUUUUGAAUCAAUUUUAAAAAAGUAUCCAUCUGAUGCUUUAAGUAUGAAAAGACAAGUGGCAAUUUUUAAAGGACAAGGAAAUUUGAGUAAAGCAAUUCAAGUUUUAAAUGCAUAUCUUCAAAUAUAUAUGUGUGAUUUAGAGGCAUGGUUAGAGUUAUCAUCAUUUCAUAUUUCAUAUCUAUCAUAUAGCACUGCAUUAUAUUGUUUAGAAGAGGUUUUAUUAAAUGCUCCAAUUAAUUUUGUUUUUUAUAUUAAAUAUGCUGAACCUUUAUAUUGUUUAGGUGGUAAUGAAAAUUAUAAUAGUGCAGUUCAAUAUUAUACACAUGCAUUGGAAUUAAAUUCACCAACUGAAAUGGAUAAACUUGAUCAUCCACCAACAUUUUUACCUGCCAUUUAUGGUAUUAUCAUGUCAAUUUAUUCAUUAUGUGAGGAAGGUUAUCAAUUAAAAGAAAGUCAACUCAAACUUAUGGAAUGGGCUCAAAAUAAUUUAUUAACCAUCACAAAGAAAUACUCUUCAAAUGAUAAAAUAAACCUUGUAAAACAUUUCAUUGAUUCAACUGAUAUCUUUAAUAAAGAAUAA